CGCUGAGCAGCUCUGCUGCGAGUCGCUGCGUCUCCAUUGACGACCAACUUUCUCUCCUCUUUUCAACCUUUAUCAAACAUCAAAGACUCUUUUCACCAGGAUGACGGUGACUCCGGAGCGGACGAUGACUAACGCCAAGAUGACGCGACUUGUGUCGUUUUUAUCAGCUCUUCUCAAAGGGAAGAAAGUGGCCUUCAGUGAUUUCUUACACAAACUUGUCUCCAGUCAACAACUCUGCCAACAUUUGGACACCCAGAAAAUCCUGCGGCCACCCAGAAGGCCGAGAAAGGAGAAGGUCAAGAAAAGCCCGGCGAGCUCAGUGGACACAGAGACCUCUCAGACGAAGCCGUCAGACUUUGACUACCUCAAAGUUAUCGGCGUCGGGAGCUUUGGAAAGGUGCUGCUUGCAAGACACAGAGAACAAGGGGGCUACUAUGCUGUGAAAGUGCUGCAGAAAAAGAUGAUUGUCAAGAGGAGAGAGCAGAGGCAUGUGAUGGUUGAGAGGAGCGUGCUGCUGAAGGGGCUGCAUCAUCCGUUCCUAGUGGGACUCCACUUCUCUUUCCAGACGCCGACGAUGCUCUACUUCGUCCUGGACUAUGUCAAUGGGGGGGAGCUUUUUUACCACCUCCAGAGAGAGAUAUCAUUUUCCGAAGCCAGAUCUGCUUUCUACGCGGCAGAGAUGGCCACGGCGCUCGGCUACCUCCACUCCCUUGACAUCGUUUACAGGGACCUUAAACCAGAGAACAUCCUGCUGGACAGCGGGGGUCAUGUGAUGCUGACUGACUUUGGGCUGUGUAAAGAAGGCGUGGCCGCAGGGGGGGUUAUGCACACGUUCUGUGGGACUCCAGAGUACCUCGCUCCGGAGGUGCUACAGGGUGGCCCCUACAGUCCAGCAGUGGACUGGUGGGGACUCGGCACUGUGCUGUUUGAGAUGCUCUAUGGACUGCCUCCAUUCUACAGCCGCAGCAAAGCAAAGAUGUUCGAGAACAAACUCUACGCUCCUCUGCAGCUGGGGAGCGGGGUGUCUCAGGCGGCCCGCUCACUGCUAGAGGGCUUGCUGGAAAGGGACGUCACCAAACGCACGGGGGCAAGCUGUGACCUGGAGGAGCUGCAGGAACAUCCUUUCUUUGCCUCCAUCGACUGGGACGACCUCCUGGCCAGGAAAGUGGAGCCUCCCUUCAUCCCUAACGUGUGUGGACCCUGUGAUAUCAGCCACAUCGACCCCGCGUUCACGCUACAACCCGUCCCGGCCUCCGUGAAUGAGCGCUGCCGGGCGAGCGGUGCCAGCGAGGCCUUCCCAGGGUUCUCCUUCAUGAACCCAGUGGAGUACAUGACACCACAGCCUGUGUCAUAACCACAACCAAACCUCCGGGAGCACAAUUGUUCAAAUAUUUAUUUUUUUACAUAAUAAAUUAUGAAAUCAAGGCUAAUUUAAAACAGAUUCUUACUCUAAUACAGCAACAGCUUUAUUUCACUGCUUCCACUUGACUAAAUGAUGUGUUUGCAUAUUUUAUUACAGUCAUUUUAACUGUAUUGUCAUCAUCAUAAGAAAUAGGCUGGUCACUAUUUCACAAGUCCUCGGUACUUCAAUGCUUAAGGGGCAUGAAACAAUAAACACAAAGCAGUUUCAUUGUUCAACACUUGAAAUUUAAGUCUUUGAUUCACAACAUAUAUUGCAACAUUCCCAUUCAGCUUCUACAUUCACAGUUUACAAAGGUAAAAUACUUCACAGGUCUUAUUUAAACCCUGCAGAGUGACAAGGGGAUUGUGCAUCAGAAGCAAAAUACAGAAAACAUCUCCUUGUGGCAUUUACAUGACAAUCCUUAAGCACUCUUUGGAUCCAGCUCUGACUAAAGCCAUGUUCAGACAUAUGUCAAUGUCAACAAUGUCUAUAUUAUUUAUAGAACUCAUUUAAAACAACUUAGUUGACUAAAGUGCCUUACAAAGUAAAAGGUACAACAAGAAAACAGCAAUACGCAAUAUAUCAUAAUAGUAAUGAUAAUAAAAUCUGCUGGGAUAAAAACAAUAAAGAAGAGAUCUGCUUU